AUGGCGGUGAUGCCGAUACCGAUGCCCAGCCCCUGGUUCCUCCUCCUGCUCUUCCUCCCCUACACCUCCGACUCCACCUCCGCCCCGGACGUCGACCUCGACAACAUCAUCAACAACGCCGGAGGCGACACCUCGGACCUCUUCUCCGACACCCAGAACACCGAGGCGGUCGACGAGGCCCAUGUGGUCGUCCUCACCGCCACCAACUUCUCCUCCUUCCUCGCCACGCACCGCCACGUCAUGGUUGACUUCUAUGUGCCAUGGUGCUACUGGUCCCGUAAGCUCGCACCGGAGUAUGCCGCGGCCGCGUCGCAUAUGGUCAAGAAGGGGCUCGACGUCGCGCUCGCCAAGGUCAACUUUUCCCAGAACAACCAACUCGCGCGCGCCCAUGACGUGCUUGGCUCCCCCAUCGUCCACUUCUUCAUCGGCGGCGUCCCCAGGGGCUACCAUUACUACGGCGAGAGGACCAAGUAA